AUGAAUGGGGAAAACAAUUUUAAAAAGUCAAAUCGAGAAAAUAUAAAAGCAAAAGAUUGGAAAUUAUAUAUCAAUCAAAAAAUUUCUUCACAAAAUGGAAUUUUUAUAUCCCCAGUUUUUGCAACUUCUUCUUAUCAAGCUUGGUUUUUACAUAUUGAUCUUUCAUAUCAGGAAGCACAUUGCUUGUCUCAUUUAGAUGGUAUAGAACAAUCGGAUGAAAAUCAAUGUAGAGUAUCAAUUUUCUUUCAAACGGAUUGCUUCGGAGAGGAUCUUGCCGUAGAAUCACAAAUGGUUGAAGUUUCUAAACUACGGCAUUUUGGUAUCUCUUUUAAAAAUAUUUGUUCUCGUAGGUCAAGAAGAUUAGGAUAUCUUUUUGAUAAUGUUCCUACUGCACCAAAUAUUAUAUUUUGUAUUAAAGGUAGAUAUUUAUAUGCUCAUUCAGAAAUUAUUGAAAACGCAACCACCAAAUUUAAAGAAAUGUUAAAAAUUGGAAAACCCCAUCAACAAAAAGAAAAUGAUACGAACGAAAAAAAUUCAAAAAGAUUUAUACGUAUCGAAUUAUCAAACAUAGAAUUUUUAACUUUUAAAACAAUACUUUACUAUUUUUAUACUAGUACAAUAUAUGUUGAUAAAUCUUGGAAUAUACUUGAUUUAUGUUAUUGGGCUAAAGAGUUUGAAUUAAAUGAAUUAGUUGAAAUAGCAAAAGCAGAUUAUAAACUUAGAUUAAAUAUUGAAAAUAUUUUUGAAGAAUUACUUAAUGUUGGACUUUAUUUAAAAGAUAUUAGAGAUGAAUCAAUAAUUUUUAUAGCAAAAAAUUUUCCUUUAAUACAAUCUACUAUUGGAUUCAAAAAAUUUAUUUUGAAUUUGAAUCAAUAUCCUGGCGCGAGAGAUAUUUGGUUGGAAAUUACGAAUACUAUAAAACGAUUAGGCUACUCUAAUUAUUUAUCCGUACCUCUCUUUAAAAAUAUGUGA